CGUGAAUGACCUGUGAAAAAUUUCAGUGCUCAAGCUUCCCUUCAAAAGAGUCCAACUCUACACCGUCACGCCUGCCUUUCUUAUUUCUUAUGCUUGCUUCGUCUUUUUCAGGACAUAAGCGCCAAAUUUUGCAGGAAAACAUAAGAAGACCCUCUCUCUCUCUCUCUCUCUCUCUCCCUCUCUCUCUCUCUCUCUCUCUCUCUAACAUACAGAAAGACAAAAAUGGCUCCAGACUAUCGUACAAGAGAGCUUAACGAGCAUCAAGAGGAAAGCUUAACUUCAAGACCUCAACCUCAUCAUCAUCGUCAAGCUUCAUCCUCGCGCUUUUCUUGGGUUUCAACCCCAAAUCAUGUCUUCCAUAGCUCCGUCGAAGAACAAGGUGGAUGUUCCUACAGGGCAUCACCGCCGUCAGCUUGUAAACCAGAGGCUUUGCCGGCUCCAAUCGGCGUAGCUACAUCCCAGAAAUUACAAUAUCAAAGAGCUAACGAGGAUCAUCAAAAGGGACGUGUCGAACAUGGCUCCUCAUCGUCGUCGUCGCCACCGCCAUUUAAGUGGACGUCGUCAAAGAUGAGGAUGAUGAAGAAGACAAUAUUCUCAGAAAAGAGACCAGCACCCAACAAAUCAUCAGCUCACAAUCCUGAAGAGCAGUCGUACCCUGACUCAAUUACCUCGUCAUGUCCACAGAUGGUUACUAAUGGUGGCUGCAGCGACAACAACACGGCUAGGGUUUGUGUCGACUGCAACACAUCGAAAACCCCACUCUGGAGAAGUGGUCCCCGAGGUCCCAAGACGCUCUGCAAUGCUUGUGGGAUCCGGCAAAGGAAAGCCAGGCAGGCCAUGGCUGUCGCCGCCGCUGCCCCUUACGGUGCGAUUGUUCCUUUUCCUACUAUGACUUUGCCUGCAAAGUGUAAGCUAAAAAACAAAGACAACAAGAGGCCAGCAAGUAAACCAGCUAUUGAUCAAGGAUCAGAAACAGUCAAGAAAAGGUCCAAGCUUCCCUCUCCGACAUCGGCAUCUCACGGAGAGACGAAGGAGCUUUGUUUGGAGGAUUUCGCCACGAGAUUGAGCAAGCGUUACUCAGCGAAUCUCCAGCGGGUGUUCCCACAAGAAGAGAAGGAAGCUGCCAUCUUGCUUAUGGCCUUAUCCUGUGGCCUCGUCCAUGGUUGAUACAGCUACUGAUAGAACAGACAAAAUGGUUUUACAGUCAUUGAACCGCCAAUCUUUUCCACACAUUUACCGUUCCAAUGGGGUUAUGUGACAAUAUCUACAGGCAUCGAGGCACCGAUUACACGCGAUAACUCCUGAAUAGUUUCUAUGAUCAUCGUUUGCUUCUUGAGGUCACCCCCAUCACAGAGAUAACCGAUUACGGAUGGUAAAAUGGAAAAUCGCUCCUAUAGCAGCAUUUAAGAGCUAUAUGUCUGGAGUCUCCUCAAAUUAGUUCAAUAAUGAGAACAAGGUUUUCCAUCUUA